CUCUCCUUCUUCUCUCUGGUUUGCAAGUACUUUCUCAGAGGACGCGUCCGAAAGAAAUUUCCCUUAGAAUCUGGCUCAGUGGCCGCUUUCAGAUUUCUCUGCUUUAAUUAAACACAACGAUAUAGUCUUUUGUUCGCCUCCGUGGCGGUUGGAUGCGGUUCCUAUAACUACGUAUAUUUUUGAUCUUGGGGACUGCGUACGCAUUGUCCCUGUUUCUCUUUUAUUUUCAAAAUCGUUGUAAUUGGCGUAGGAGAAGGAUUGUAAUAACUACUCAGAGCCAUAUAUUGAAUGAAUGAAUGAAUAAACGCAACGAUUUAUUUACUCUGGUUAUACAUCUUGAUAAAGGCGUCGUAAUAAUAGAGCAAGGAUGUCUACGAGACCUGAUGACCACAGGAGAAAAUGGAAUCGGGAAGAAUACGAAAGAAUUGCUCUUCAAAGGCUUCAAGAUGAGAUUGCAGAAGAGGAAUUGGGUAUUCCUAAGCAACCAGCAGUUAAGAGAGAGUUGCUAAAACAGAGAGAUUAUAAAGUAGAUCUCGAAUCGAAAUUGGGAAAGAGUGUAGUUAUCAAUAAAAAUACACCGUCUUCGCAAACUGGAGGAUACUAUUGCAAUGUCUGUGACUGUGUUGUUAAAGAUUCCAUCAAUUUCUUGGACCACAUCAAUGGGACAAAACAUCAACGUAAUCUGGGUAUGUCUAUGAAGAUAGAGAGAUCCACAUUGGAGCAGGUCAAAGCUAGAUUUGCACAGAAUAAGAAGAAACUUGAAGAGAAAAAGAAGGAUUACGAUUUGGAACAGAGGGUAAAAGAGCUCAAAGAAGAGGAAGAAAAGAUCAAAGAGUAUAGAAAAGAGAAGAGAAAGGACAAGAAGAGAAAGAUCGAGGAACUCACUGAGGACGAUGCCGGUCCUUCCGACGAAAUGAUCGCGAUCAUGGGAUUCUCCGGUUUUGGCUCUAAGAAGAAGUGACAAAUUGUCUCUGUCGAGGAGCAUUCGUGAGCAGCUUUCGCUGUUCUGAAGAGACAGUGUCGUUUCUUUCUUUCAUAGAGAAAGACCACAGAAUACCGCAUAAAUACUCUUUGGGCGAUACCGCCCAGAGAGGCGAUGGGAAAUGAAUAAAUGAUGAACAGUUGGAUUUCCAAUCCUUUGGAAUUUAAGGACGAGUCGCGAACGUGUGUUUUCUCCGCUAUUUGUUUGCGAAUUUUGCGUAUCAUUCGAGACAAGAGAAACGCUGUCAAUUACAAAUCUGACCAAUGUGAACGCGACAAGUUACGCAAGUUUGAGCUUAAUGUUAGUUAAAAUUACUCCGACAUAGGUGUACAUUGUAAAGAUAUGAUGUAUUAUACGUAUUAUAGAUAUAUUAUAGAAAGGGAUGAAUGCACGAUAAUAUUGAUCGGGAUCAUUCAUUUGGUACGGAGACGUUGGAUUUUGUGCUCGGUUCAUGUUAUACGCAAAGGCAAAUGCGUAUUUGCGUGCGGAAAUAAAAUUGUCAAUCCAAGUCGAACACAAUA